AUGGAAGUAUUACUGCACGACAGUCGCGCUAUUGUCGUCAUGUUGGACUUCCUCAGAAAAAAUAUUGGGAUGGAAAUCCCUCUGUUUCUAUAUAUGCUUACCAGUUUCCUGAAAUUUCCUGUAUUCCAAAAUUUAAUGUAUGAGAAAGUUUGUCUUGCUCGACACAAUCAGGAUUUCACUUUUUGCUCAAACGUAACAGCAUAUCACAACGACAAAACUAUUCAAGCUGAUGCAAAUCAUUUCUAUUUUCUGUCUUCUGUCGUGCUAGUGCUUCCAUCGUUGUUCUCAACUCUUGCGCUAGGAGCAGUUUCGGAUGUGUGGAGUAUCAAAGUGCCCCUGAUGAUACCUUUCCUUGGUUUGAUUAUGUGUACAACAAACUACAUCAUUCAAACGGCAUAUAUGGGAUUAUCCGUAUUCUUGCUGUUGAUUAGUGACGCUGUAUUUGGUAUAUGUGGUGGAUUUAUUUCCGUGAUAUCUACUACCCUCAGCUAUGGAGUAAAAACAACCUCAACUUCCCGUCGUAGUGUCAGAAUUGCUGGAAUGGAAGGUGCUAUAGGUCUUGGUGGUACCAUUGGGUACGCCACUUCGGGGAUCAUUAGAGAAGCUUUAGGGUACUCGUACACUUUCUUGUUAAUGCUUGUUUUGCAAGUGAUUGCCUUCUUUUACAUUCUCAUAUUCGCAAAAGACGUCGAAAAAUUUGCUUCUCAAGAUGAGGAUCGCUCACGAGGACCUCUUUCACGUAUUGUUGAGAAGUCGCUUACAGUUAUCGCUGAUUACUGGAGACUCCUGACGACGGAGCGAAAAUUUCGCCUCAUGCUUGUGAUGAAUUUGCUUGCACUUGGAGUGGAGUUGCUCAUAUUUGCUGGUUUAAUGGACAUUCAAUAUUCUUACUUGCGGUUCAAAUUAGGUUGGGGAGAUAAACAGUACGGAUGGUUCAGUGGUUUACAAUACGGAGUAACUACUGCAUCUGUGCUAAUUCUGUAUCCAUUUUUGUACAUACGAGGGAUGAGUGACGGUAUUCUUGGAUGUCUUGGCUUAACAGCUAAGAUGAUUUCUCUUAUAAUGCUUGCCUUCGUUUUAAACUCUGCCAUGGCUUUCUCAGUUAUAGUGUUCACGUCGCUUAAUCGUUUCGUUGCAACUGGUUUCCGCUCUUUCAUCUCGGGUCUUAUUCAGACAAAUGAACAAGGGAAGAUGUUCUCUCUUAUUGCAUUGUUAGAAGGUGUAACUGGCCUUCUAGCGAGUGCAAUUUACAACAACCUUUAUCCAAAAACUUUGUCAUUCUUUCCUGGACUAUUCCACCUUUUAAGUGCCGCUCUCCUGAUCAUUCCACUCACCAUUCUUGGUAUAUCGGACCUACGAGUCAAAGCUUCUUCAGAGUUAGAAAACGACAACGAAUCUACAACGGCGGGAACGCUGAACUAA